AUGGGGAAGAACAGACGCGCGCCCCCCGCUCUUCCUGCGGCUGCUUCAAAGCGUCAAGCAGAGGACCCUUCCGAAGGUCAAUCCAAGCGUGCCAGGACCGAGGACAACGACAAAUCCGAAACUACCAACGAUGUGGCUCCAAUGGACACCUCCAAUGCUACCUCGGGUGCAAGCAGCAGCAGCAGCAGCAGCAGCAGCCGGGCAGCACCCCUCUCAGAGUUAGAGAUGAUCAGCGCGCUUCCUGAGCAGUUACGGAUUUGUUUCAAGAAUGUGAAAUGGACGGCACCCGACCUUUCCAACCACUUGCUCAAGGAACUCUUCAACUACAGAGUGUUCAUUGCUGACGAGCCUGGCGAUGAUACAGUAUUAUGCAGUCGAGGUUGA